CUCUUAAACAUAACAUUUCAACUCUCUGCCUUCCAACAUGGAACCUAUGCAGCCAUAUUCACUCACAACGAGGUACAGGGGAAGCCAAGCAGACCGGCGACACGAUGGUGCCGUUGCCGCCGGCAGAAAGACGAAGAAGAACGUGAUAUGGUUGGGAGGGAAGCCACGUAGAGUUUGGAGGAUGAAAGCAAGACCCAGGUUGGUGGGUUUGAUGGUUGGAGCACCAUUGAAGGUAUUGUCUAAGGUGAAAAAUGCUUAUGAGGACUUAAUGGUAAAGUUGGCUGGAAGUGUAGGGUCCUUAAAUAAUAAGAAUGUUUUCGGAGGAAAGAGGAUUCCAAAGGCUCGUCAAGUUACUAAAGGUUAUUCUGGAGAUGAAUUUGAAGCAAGACUCAUUCUUGAGAUUUCUAAAGUUCUUGUUGCUUCUAAUGAAUUACAUCCCAAGUAAUAUGGUGUGUAUGUAUAGCCUUCUAGUUUGUUUAUUCGUUUUAUUUUCGACAAUUUUUUUAUAAAUAGAUAUUUUUUAAUUUAAUUUUUUUAUGGUGAUGAAAUAACAUCUCAGGAUGUAUGGAUUUAUUUUCUGGUAAUUAGUUGAGUGAUUAAUAAUUUGAUUACA